CCGAAUUGUAGAACCUCCUUCCCUGUCACUAUACUUCCAUGAAGGCCGCGGAGACGGCUCUUUGACAAUCGCCUGCAACAUGAAGGCAGCAGACCAGCCAGACCUGCUCGGCACCAACAGCUCUUCUAGCCACUUCUUUAACCAGGCAACGCGAACUUCAGUCGCGCGUUCAAGGCGUCGGGUUUGCCUUCGAAUAUGGACGCGGGUCGACACAAUGUCCAGGCGGUGAACCCUGAAGCCCCAAGCCUCCACCGAGAACGACUGAGCCGCUUCCUUAACGACAAGGGCGGACCUAUCACUCUUAGUGUUGUCGCUCCUGAUACCAGCGAGAGAAAACGACGAGCCCAGGCUGAGAUUGAUGGAAUUUUUGCAGGCCUCACAUACCUCGACAAGCUGAAAGAGAGUCAGGAUCCUCCUGACGCCACUCCACAACCACAGCAACGCACACUUGAUAAGGAUUUGGUUCUCGAUGAUAUUGGCCGCCGCUCUGGAAGUCAGGGAAGCUCUUUCAACUCGACGGCCCAGCCUCGACAUACACAAAGCUCAACGGAUAAAAUACAACAAGCAUGGACCAACCUACGCGGUUUACGGAAGGGAGUGGAAAGCCAGUACGAAAGGCUUCAAUCGCUAGCCUCCAGCUCAUCCUCGGAAAGUGUGCGAGGGCUUCCAGGCAUAUACGAGAACGCUAGAGGCAUGAGCAAGAUGGGCAUCUUGGCGCAUCGAGAUGCUCUUGACUUUGUCAUCCCUGACACUCUCGCCGAAAUCGUCGCCUUCACAUCAGUUUCUUACCUGAUCACGAAUAUCUUGCUUCAACGAGGCCGAAUCGUCGAGACCAAUCCCCUUGUCGAUCUGCAGAGAUGGGGAGACUGCAUCCCGGAUAUCGAUAAUCGCAACGCUUUCGCCUCCUUUGCCCUAGAGAUGUGGCCUUCAGAUCAUCCACGGACCAUAACUAACGAAGGCGAGGGCGGUCAUGAUGACAAAGCCUCGCAUCGAUCAGGACAAAAACAACAUGCGUCGAUGGGAGGAAUGAUUCCCGGGCCACAACUGCCCUACCCCCAGUUCACCCAACAAGAAGGCCACCAGGGCAGCUUUCCAGGAGAAUUUCCAAACCCAUCUUCACCUCCUUGGCGGGAACAAGAAUUAUCUCAAGGAUCGCCCUCAUUCCUGACACUUGACCGUUGGCCUACACAAGGAUUGGACUUGGAGUGGCUGGAGAACUUGCAAUCCACAGAUACGGCUUCCUUCUUUCAAGAAGAUCCAUCUCAUCUUGGACGAAGCAACUAUCCAGCUGAAGGAUUGGAAUCGAACUUCUGUCAUUCCUUUUCAGCUUCUGGUGUCGAUCUGAUAGACUUGGAAACCUCUCCUUCUGGCCUUUCACUGGAACAUCUUCCUACUCGGGCCCUCUUGCCUAUCAGCAGUCCCCCGAUGCCUGCGUCAUUGCCGCCUGCAGUACAAGACGCCUCCGUUGGCUUGAACGUCGAAGGAGACAACAUAGACUUUGCAAACACCAAGCAUGAUAGCAGCAAUCUGGGUGUCAAUCCGGGAUAUGCCUCUAUGGUCUCAGCUGUCCUCGCAUUCUCGCAAGAUAUUGGCGACUUCUUCUAUCGACUCUCAGGCUGCGGCAAAACAGUUCGCGGUAGCAGGCGAGGCUCAGCAUACGCCAGUCAGAGAUCAAAAGCCGAAAAGAGACUACGAAAAGAGGUUCUUGAUCCGAUGAAAAAGUCCUGGUCCAGUAACGCGGUGUUUCUGGCGCUGUUGUCAGUGGCCAAGAGCUUUGUUGUUCUAGGGAGCCUGGGAACUCUCGAAGAUGUCCAGGACUACUUGGUUGCGAUCUCUCGCGAAAUCAUUGAGCCCGGCCAUGGGCAUGAAAACUUCGUUCGUUUGAUUCACCGUUCCACCAGGGCCCAUCCCCAAGGCACAAAAGCGCCCACUCAAUCGAACACAGAUAUGACAGAAGAGCAUCCUCCAUUGCUCACACACCAGAGCGAGAUCCAUCCGGAGCAGGCACAUCAAUGCUCAAGCUGCAAAAGGCCAUUCACCACGAGCUCUGGGCUCUGGAAACACAGACAGAAAGAACAUGAGAAAGACGUUCCGAAGAUAGACUGCUCAUACACUGGUUGUGGCUACGUUGCUAUCCGGCUAGAUCUUGUGAGGCUACAUUGGAAGAGGAAGCAUAAGGAGGAGACCUUGCCCUCUGAUUUAAAGCCUAGAUUCCGGGGAAAAGGACGUCGAAGAGGCUCAUGAAUUGUUGGAGGUGGUGGAAGUGUGUCGAGUGCCGUUGACCCUUGAAGCCACAAAAGGUAGUCUCAUCCAUUUAAUGAUGGAAGACUUACACAAAUGACAUCUACGGACAUGGAUGGAAGGUCCCUAGACCCAGUUUUAGCUAGAAGAUGCAUCUUAUGGUUGUAAUGACGAGCGAGCUAU